AUGUGCUAUCGAAGUUUAAGUAAUCCAAUAUCCACCUCUGCGAAUAUCCACCCGUUGGCUAAUUUGCUCAAAGAUCUUGCAAGCCAUUGUCAAAACCAGUUUCUUGUAUCACAAAUUGAGGAUAAGAUGCUAGAAUGCAAUUUAGCGGUUCCACCUUUUAAUGGUAAACAAAUGCAAUGUCUGAUAUUUUACGACAUGAGUAGUCAGCUUUGUGAUGCAGUAGGUACUUCAAAAUUAUUGUUGCAAGGCGGUUCAAUAAGUGAACUUCAAAAUAUUGUCAAAGUUGAUUCAAUGUGCAACGAUGCUCAAAAUUGGAAGUUCUCUAACAUUACUGACUUUCCACUUUAUAAAAUGACUGCUGAAAGAGUUUUUGGCGGGCAUGUUCAUUGCCAAAAAGUGUGCGACGUUCCAGAUGUGCUAAGUGACGAUAGUAAUAUAUAUUGUAAAUAUUAUAAAUGGGGCUCUGAUAUAUUAAAAAUUCGAGCAAGUACACCAUCUGAACAAGAUGAAUCUGCAAAUAAUGAGAUUUUAGCUGCAGCUCCUGAUUUAGUAACAAAUACAAACUUAAAAUCUGUAAACCCUUUACUUGCUAAUAAUACUGCCGUAUUAUUAACUACUAAGAGUGUCAAGGGAAACUCAAAUUCUGAAGCUAAGGAUCAAGGUACUUCUGUUGUUAAAACAACAAUAACAAAUAUUAAAGCAGCAAAUGAUGUAGAUGUAGCUAAACUUGAUAAAUCUAUUCAAAGAGCAUCAAUUAGUCAAGCCUCUGGUAUGGAAGAAAAUCUAGAAACAAAUAAAUUGAGUGAGCCUAGUGUAGAAGAAACGCUUAAAUUACAACAAUCAGCAGUUGUUAAGAAACCUGAUACUUCAGUUGUAGCUGUAAAUGAAAACCCAAUACUAGAUGAAGAAGAACAACCUCCUAAAAAAGAGGAUGUAGAAAAAGAGGACCAGCUGUCAAAUAAUCAGUUAAAAGAAGUGAAAGAUCCAGUAAUUGAUGAUAUAGAAGAUGAACAAGAUUCAGAGGAAGAAGAUAAGCAGGAUCUGCAAGAUGAUUCGGAAAUUAAUUUUGGGAAACCAGUAAUUCAAAAAAUGGAAGAAGAUAGAACAAAAGAUACUAUUAAAAUCAACAAUAUUCAAUCCCAAGAUUUUAUCUCAAAAAUGCCUCAAGAUGAAUUUGUAGAAGAAGAUGAUCACUUCUUUUCAUUCUUUUUGACAGCAGUGAUUAUUGUUGUUCUACUUUAUAUUUUGUACCAUAACAAAAGCAAAUUUACUAAAGUGAUCCUUGGGUUAAUAGUCGAAGGACGGCAGCCGGGACGUCGUCGAAACAGUCGCGGCCAUGCGUACCGUCGCCUCGACACGUUAGAGCAGGCGAUGAAUACCAACGCGACAGCGCCGCCUAGCAAAAUUAUUUAUUGA